AUCCUCAUUCUCAGCCAGGAAAUACACCCUGCACAAUUACCCUUAGCAAUGGCGCUUAUUUUUACCCCUUCCUCUGCCUUGAGCUUCUGCUUCAAAUCUAAGCUUACCCAUCGCAUUAAGCCUUGUCCCAAAUCAUUCCCAACAUUACCUACAAAAUGUCUGAGUCGGCCGGUCUUGGCCUCCACUAGUGUUAAAAAUGUGACUCGGCGCACAGGCAAUCAUCAUGCAAACUUGUGGGACGACGAUUUUAUACAAUCUCUCCCAAAACUCCCUUAUGAUGCUCCUCAGUAUCGUGAGCGUGCUGAUCGACUUGUUGGGGAGGUGAAAGACAUGUUCAAUGCAGCGGGCGCUGCAGAUUCUUGUGCAGACAAUAUUUUGAAACGCCUUCAAAUGGUGGAUAAAGUUGAACGCCUCGGAAUCGGGCGACACUUUGAAAUGGAGAUAGCAGAAGCACUCGAUUACGUUUAUAGGUUUUGGAACGAGAGCAGUAAAGAUCUGAAUACGGCAGCUUUGGGACUUCGAAUCCUUCGACUUCACAGAUAUCCCGUUUCUUCAGAUGUGCUAGAACAGUUCAAAGCGAAGGAUGGACAAUUCUUAUGUUGCACUACACAAAUAGAAGGGGAGAUACAAUGUAUUCUGAAUUUGUUUCGAGCUUCAUUGAUUGCCUUUCCAAAUGAAAAAAUAAUGGAUGAAGCUCAAGCCUUUAGUACUAUGUAUUUAAAACAAAUCUUGGAAAAGUCUCAUAUUCUUGGUGCCAGUCUUCUAAAAGAGAUAACAUUUAAUUUAGAGUACAGAUGGCGCACAAAUUUGCCCAGAUUGGAAGCAAGAAAUUAUAUUGAUAUCUAUGGAGAAAACAUUUCAUGGCUCAUGAACAUGGAUAAUCAAACUAUUUUAUAUCUAGCUAAAUUGGAUUUUAAUAUUCUACAAUCAUUGUAUCGGCCUGAGCUUCAAAUAAUCUCUAGAUGGUGGAGGGAUUCAAGGUUGUAUAAAUUGGACUUUUGUCGUCACAGACAUAUUGAAUAUCUCUUUCAAGGAUGUGCAAUUACUGGAGAACCUAAACAUUUAGGUUUUAGAAUUGCUUUUGCAAAAUUUUCUGCUCUUGCAACAAUAGUUGACGAUAUCUAUGAUACCUAUGGCUCUAUUGAAGAACUUAAACAUUUCACAGAGGCUUUUAAGAGGUGGGAUUCCACUCCUCCAGAUUACCUUCCUGAAUAUAUGAAAAUCACAUACUCUGCACUUUAUGAUGGAAUUAUUGAAAGUGCACAAGAGGCAUCAAAGAGUCAAGGCUAUGAGACUCUCCACAAUGCUCGAAAAGCUUGGGAUGACUAUUUAGAUGCUGUGAUGCAAGAAGCCCAGUGGAUUGCCAAUGGGCACAUACCAAAUUUGAAGGAAUAUUUAGAAAAUGGAAGAGAGAGUUCAGGCUCUCGUACUACUACAUUGCAGUCACUAUUAACGUUAGAUGCACUUCCAGAAAACGAAAUUCAAAACAUUGAUCACCCAUCUAAGUUCAAUUAUCUUUUUGGAUUGACUCUUAGAUUAAGAGGUGACACUAGGACCUUCAAGACUGAAGCGGAUCGUGGAGAAGUUGCUUCAGCCAUAGCAUGCUAUAUGAAAGAGCAUCCAGAAUCUAGUGAGAAAGAUGCAUUGAAGUAUCUGAAUUUUAAGCUAGAUGAACAUUUGAAAGAAUUAAACUUGGAAUAUUUGAAGAAUGAUGGUGUUCCAAAUUGCAUCAAGGAUUAUGGUUAUGAUUGUUCAAGGUGUUUUGAAGUUUUCUACAAAGAAAGAGAUGGAUUUAGCAUUUCUACCAAAGAUAUGAAGAAUCAUGUAGAACGAAUCCUUAUUGAACCGAUUAAAAUGUAAUAUCUUCAUUUGUGUGCUCUUCAAUAAUUAUUGAUUACACCUUAAAGUGUAAUAGAGAAAUUAUAUUUUACAUAGUUGACUAA